CAUUGGGUAUCAUUAAAUAGAAAACGUUUGUUCAAUUAACAACUCCAGUGCUAGGCCCAAGCCGAAAGGAUAAUUCUGCCUUUGGAUUACAAUAUUGUGUGUGGAACAACAUGAAAAAUUUCGUUUUGUGCCUGGUCGCCACGGCGCUGAUGUGCCUGGUUGAGGCGGCACCGCAGCGGGCCGAGGAGCCCAUUGCGAUCAUCAGCCAGGAGUCCAACAUCGAACCAGAUGGUUCCUACAAUUAUGCCUAUGAGACGGCCAACGGGAUCAAGGCCGAAGAAACGGGCACCCUGAAGAAGGCUACCUCCCCGGACAGCAGCGACGUGAUUAUCGCCAGGGGCUCUGUCUCCUACACCUCGCCGGAAGGAAAUCUGAUUACCCUGAACUACUCGGCCGAUGAUGAGAACGGUUUCCAGCCACAGGGCGAUCAUUUGCCGACUCCGCCACCAAUCCCGCCAGCGAUCCAGAAGGCCCUCGACUAUCUUCUGAGUCUGCCGCCAGCCAAGCGCCGUUAAGGCGCUUCCUCUGGAUGACUCCUUCCAGUCCGACCCAUGCCAACAUUCUGACCCUGAUAUACUCUACGGUCGAUGUGAUGCUGCUCUGUUGCUGUUACCACAAUAUGCUCGUACACCCCAUUAUCUGCUCUCCCCCCACUAUCUAGACAAUCACACAAGGGCUGAAGCCUCCCCAGGAGGUUGUUAGUGGAUUUGACUGAAGAACACAAUCUCAAACGGAAUUGAGGGACAUGACACGAAACACACACACACACAACCAAUACAUUGACUCUAUUACUUCAUUUUGUCUGCUAUCUUGCUUUCUUCCACUUUCACUUUGACACGAAUUUCUUCAGAUCUUUUAGUCGCCGGAACUUUGCCAUUUUCGGACUCAUGUGAUAUCGUCGAUUUAUCAAUGAAAUGAAAGAAAAUGUAAAAAAAAAA